AUGUUCGCGGCGUCGGUGCCCUCCGCGUCGGUCGCGCCCGCCCGAGCGCGGAGCCCCGUCGGCAUCUCCGAUGGCCGCGCCGGGCGGUUGGAUAACGCGAGAACGGCGCGACCGACGCCGACGCCCGCGUCGCGUCGCGUCGCUCGCAUCUCCGCGCACCACCGCGCGGAGGCGUCCGCAGAUGUCAUCGCUGGCGCACCCGAAGCACCCGAACCCGCGCGGCGCGCGAUUCUCGGGGGCGUCGCCGCGACCGUCGGCGCGUGGUCGCUCCCCGCGAUCGCCGAGGAGGCCGGGGUGGACGCCCCCGCCGCGCCCGCGGUGCCGGCGAAGGGCGCGAUCCUCGUCACCGGCGCCAACUCCGGCGUGGGUCUUUCCGCGGCGAAACAGCUCGCCGCCAAAGGCGAGACCGUCGUCCUCGCGUGCCGCACCGAGGCCAAGGGCGAGGACGCGCGCGCGGCCAUCCUCGAGAAAGUCCCGGACGCGUCCCUCGUCGUCCUCAAGGGCGCCGGGCUCGAGAUGACCGACCUGCGCCAGGUCUCCGACUACUGCAAGGCGUUCCUGGACUCCGGCAUCCCGCUGGACACGCUCAUCCUGAACGCGGGGAUCAUGGCCGUCCCGCUGGGGCGCACCGCGCAGGGGCACGAGAUGCACUUCGGCGUCAACCACCUCGCGCACUUCCUCGUGCAGGAUUCCUUACGCGGCGCCAUGCGCGAUCGAGCGGCGGCGCGGGGCGUCCCCGGCCGCGUCGUCGCGUGCUCGUCCAUCGCGAACAUGCUUCCCGGCGCGUUGAACGUCGACGACCUGGACUGGUACAAACGGGAGAGUCGAUACGAGAAGUGGUCCGCCUACGCGGCGUCGAAAGCCGAGAACGUGUUGCUCACCGACGAGAUCGCGCGAAUGGAAAACUCGAAACUCUUGGUCGCCAACUCGUUCCACCCGGGAAUCGUCACCACCAACCUGGUGCGGUACAUCCUCCCCGAACUCACCGCGGAGAAGAGGGACCCGGAGGCGGAACGUCAGACGCCGCAGGGCAGGGCCAUGUCCAGGAUGGGCAUUCGGGACGCGGACGAGGGCGCCAAGACGCACGUGUGGCUCGCGACAGACGCCGAAGCAGGGACAAUAAGCGGGAGGUUUUUCGUGGACCCGGGUUUGGAGUACCCGGGCGGGGCGACGCGGGCGCAGCUCGUUCGGGCGCAGGACUGGUUCCUGGUGUCACCGACGGACCCGCUGGCGGCGCAGCUGCACCUGCCGGAUAAGUUCUUCGAGUGGCGGACGGCGGAAAACGCGCGAAAGCUGUGGACGCGUUCGGCUGAGAUGACGGACGCGUUCAAGGUGGCGUGA